ACAGGGCCAGCCAUGAUCACUGUGACAACCAGGUUCUGGCGCCGCACAAGAUAAGUGGCGUGGGUGAGGUGUCGGCUGUGUUUUACGGGGGGGGAUUGCCCCCCUUUGAAUGGGAUGAACGUUCUCCCGCGUCUCCAUGGCCACACAGGAGGGAGCCGCGAUGUCACUUCCGGUUCCGCUGGUGCGAGCAGUGACGCCGGACGGGAUGCCCGAGUGGCGUGGCCAGAGGAGAACGAGCGUGGGGAAUCUUGCAAGGGGGGUGACCGAGGACCAGACUGGGUAGCGCGGCGAAAUUCAAACAAUGUCUGAAAAAAGCAGUACUACUCGUCGGCCAGUAAAUCCUAACACAUCUGAUGAUGAUGACGCUGCGGAAGCAGGUCCAUCAAAAGAAGUAUGGAGCAGCAGAAGUGGCUCUUCUGUUAGACAUCACCACAAGAAACCUGUGGCCGAAAAGAAAGCAAGGUCUUCUGCCCCGCCACAAACACAGCAGGCUACCCCGCCACGAAGAUUAUCGUCCGUAUGUUCUGUCCCCCCACUCCAAAUUUUGGACACACCUCCAAGACGUCAUCCACACUCCCCUCAUCUUGAUUCUUCGAGUACUGGGAACAGCAUCCCUCCGCAACAACAUCAACACAGUGACAUGGAGGAGACAAACAUCUUAGAAAUGCAGCCAUUAAUGCAAGGAAUGAGCCCCCCAGCACCUGUGAGUACACCACCACAGCAAAGCACACCACCCCCACCACAACACAGCCCAACAACACCAGGAACACAAGGCCCUGAUCAGGUGUUUUGGACUAUUUGGGCUAGACAGCAGGCCACUAAUGAAGAUAGCCUGCGUAAGCAGACAGAAAUGUUUGCAAGCCUACCAUCUCACCUCAGAAGAAUCUCAAGAAAUCUGAGUCGACAAAAUGAGCAAACAACCAGAAUAGGCAAUACCAUGGAACUCAUGCGUACAGACAUUACACAGGUCAUGGGCAACUUACCGCACAUAAUGGAAGAACAGCACAGACUAAUGGAAGAACAGCACAAACUAAUGGAAGAACAGCACAGACAACAGCAAAGUUAUAUGAGCAUUUUUCAAAACAGUCAAAAGAUUAAUGAAAGUUUAUUCAGAAUAGUAGACAAUCAAAAUGCUGCGACACGUGAACUCAAUGCCACCCUCACUAACCUGAAUGAAACACUCAGAUGCAUGCACCAACAGCAAACAACCAGCAGUUCUGGUAUGACUACUCCAUAUAUCACGCCAGUCUCAUCACCACCAAGACGCUCCACCAGAGCACGCCAACAUGACAGUGCGAAAGGCAAAGGGCAGCACAAGCAGCCACUAAAAAAAACAUAACAAAAAGAAGUUAGACAUUUGUGAUAAGUAAAGUUAGCAAGUGUUUUUGAUGCUUUACAAAAUAGCACACUUAGCUCCUUGCCCCUUUUUUUAACAUCAUUAAUUAUAAGUGCACCAAAUUAAGUGUAAAAAAUAGUACGCACAUUUAUUCCUUGUCAUUUUUUUGGGGUGUUGUAGGAGGAAAAUGUUGAUGGAGCCACACAUACAUGUUAGCAGGAAGUAAAGUGACUACUUGAUUUUUUUCUAAUCAUUACUCUUUCUAGAUUCCAAUCAUUCUCUUUGCCUGCAGAUACAAUAAUUGCCAGCCAGGCAGAAUGUCUUUAGCAGGAAGUAAACUGACCACUUGCUUUUUUUCUAAUCAUCACUCUUUCUAGAUUCCAAUCAUUCUCUUUGCCUGCAGAUAAUCCAAAUUACAAUGUUAGUGAUACAUAUCUUAGCUAGCUUAUUACAAGAUGAACACAAUUGAGUGGCGUAAAAAGCUUGUAAUAUGUUGCCUUUGUUUUGUUUUUAAAACAUUGUCCAAAUGAAUGUCAGUAUUGUUGUGACAGGUUGGUUUCUGCUAAAAAUUAUUAAGCAUGUUUUUACACAUGAUGCUGAAACAAACAAAUAUGUACUUUUACACAAUUUAAAAAAAAAUGUUUAUAAUAAUGUAUAUGUGUGGCAAACUGUGUAUUUACUUACACAUCAUCAAGUUUACAGCAUCAAACAUUAGGAAAUAAAUUAUUCCUGAUUACA